UCUAAUUCUUCAGCUACUGGCUACAGUAACUUACCUUUCUUAUCGCUUUAGUGCAUUUAACAUACAGUUGGUAAUGAGUGGACGGACAUCUCAAUGCAAUGGCCAACAAUACCAAAUAUGUAUUGAUGGGGUUCAUAUACGUAUUCGUAAUUUCAGGUCUUGUUUUUGAGUACAUGUCUUCAAGAAAAUUGAUUCGGCUAACAGAUCAAAUGAUGAGAAGUUACUUAAGAUCGAACACUUCACGUUUAAUUAGUGGCGGAAGUUUAUCUAACAUCUCGACCAUAAAAGCAUCGCGACCGCCAAAGCUCUUCGGUACCGUCAACAUUGAUUGGAGUGGUAUCAACAAGACGGCAGUAAACAAUUUGAGGAAAAAAAUUAAGAAAUACUUUGAUGGAAAGUUGACAGUGAUUGUGUACAAGCGAACUGCGUCGGUGGAUGAUAUGAUAUUCCAGAAAAAUGUCACAGAACUAGAAAAAGCAAAUGUUACUGAAUAUCUACCGCACCAGGAUACGUGCGCUUUAAUCGGUAACUCUGGAAUUCUAUUAAACAGUAGUUGUGGACGCGAGAUAGACGCGCACGAUAUUGUGGUUCGUGCAAACUCAGCACCAACAGCUGGCUACGAACGUGACGUGGGGUAUAAAACAAGUUUGAUGAUGUUUAAUCGGGCCUCCUCGCUGGUGGUGAAGAAAUCGAUGAGAAGUAAACCUUUGCCAAAAUCUAUGAACAAAAUGCAGAUGUUCAUGGAUUUCAAUGAUACAAUUGUAUGGUACGCUUUGGCGGCAGGUGGUCUUGGUACAAGUAUAUUGAAGACAGCCUUCAGUAAAUUAGCAAGAGAUAAUAUCAGGGUUGCAUACUCCCUCAACUCACCUAUGACAAUAUCAAAAAGGUGA